GCAUACAAAACAAAACAACUCAUUUUUUGCGUCACUCUUAUUUUGGAACACUCCGAUGGACACAGAGUUCGAAGGGACGGUCCACGCUGUGCGUGUACUUUAAGGAUUAAAAUAUGUGUCGAUAAAAGUUAUCCAGGUCGAUAUAAGCAAAAUAAGAGUCUAAAAAUUGUUUCACCAAUGUCCUUCGUUUGUGUUAAUUCGAAUGCUCGGGACACGAAGUUUGUCCAAGUUGUUUUGCCGUAGAUUGCACCUUGCAGCGCUACUCUUUGCAGGCUAUGUUAUUUUCUUUUUUUACGUAGCCACGUGAGCUUCAUUAAAUAAUUCUUUCGGAAUGUACUGAACCCUCAACACUGGGCGUCCUAAACUACUUUAUUGCAUCAUUGUUACAUCUUCCUGUGUGGUUAAAGUCGUCCUUUUGCUCUUUGAAGCGUCUCGGCCUUGCUUAGCUUGCUAGCCGCUAACAAGGAAGACGCGUUUGUUCCGGACACAUCGGCUCAGCGCAGUUCAAGUGUGAAAUAAAAGUGCCGUGAUUUACGUGUGAAAAUGUGCGAUAGAAAGGCAGUCAAGUACGGAGAGGAGCUUUGUGGUACACGAGAGCAGAACGGGCGACAUCGUCAACCGCUGGACGGUGUUAGCAAGAAGCCUGGAGUUGUGUUGAACAAAGCAGACAUCAGUGAACAAUAUCUUGGUCCUGAGUGGCAGGAGCCAGAGUUCCCCGUUGUGAAAAAGGAGGAGUUAGAGCUCCCUCAUGUCCAAGAGGAGGAGCAGCCAGAGUGCCCCAAAAUAAAAAAAGAGGAGCAGAUGCCAGUGUCAAUGAAGGAGGAGGGAGAUUUCACAGAGUUUCCAGUGACUGGUGUCCAUUUGAAGACUGAAGAUGAAGGUCAGUCUGAAGAGAACAAAGGGGCAAAGCCACCAAGCAGCAACUCCAGUCUACACGUGACAACAGAAACUGAUGCCGAGCACUGUGGAGGUUCACAAGCAGACAGCCGGACUGGCAACAAACCUUUUGAUUGCUCAGUUUGUGGUAAAAAAAUAUCUCAGAAUGUAAGCUUAUACACAAGAACUCAGAUUGGUGCGAUACCUUUUGCCUGCUCGAAUUGUGGAGAAAGACUUUCUUUCAAGGGAACCUUGAAAAACCACUUAAGAACCCACGCUGUUGAGAAACCUUUUGCCUGUUCAGUUUGUUCUCAAAGAUUUUCCAUAAAGUGUAACUUGAUUCAACACACAAGAACCCACACUGGUGAGAAACCUUUUGGAUGUUCAGUUUGUGGUCGAAGAUUUUGUCAAAAGGGAACCUUAACCAUACACACAAGAACCCACACUGGUGAGAGACCCUUUGCCUGUUCAAUUUGUGGUCAGAGAUUUUCUCUAAAAGGUAACUUGAUACCACACAGAAGAACCCACACCGGUGAGAAACUUUUCUCAUGCUCGGUUUGUGGUAAAAGGUUUUCUUGGAAGCAAAGCUUAACUUUCCACACUAGAACCCACACUGGUGAGAAACCUUUUGUGUGUUCAGUUUGUGGUCGAAGAUUUUCUCGAAAGGGAAUUUUGAGACAACACACAAGAACCCACACUGGUGAGAAACCUUUUGUCUGCUCAGUUUGUGGCCAUAGUUUCUCUUGUAAGGGACACUUAUUAAGACACACAAGAACCCACACUGGUGAGAAACCUUUUGUGUGUUCGGUUUGUGGUCAAAGAUUUUCUUUAAAGGGUAACUUGAUGCAACACACAAGAACCCACACCGGUGAGAAACCUUUUGAAUGUUCCGUUUGUGGUCAAAGCUUUUCACUAAAGAAAAACUUGAGACGACACACAAGAACUCACACUGGUGAAAAGCCCUUUACCUGCUCAGUUUGUGGUGAAAAAUUCACAAAUAAGGAUAAAACCAAGAGGCACAAGUGUGCUGGUGAGAAUAGUGGUGAUCUGUGAAGCUUUCGCUGAUCUCAUAUUAGCAUUUACGUUUAAAAGAGUGUACAGAACACACAUCAUUCUGGUGCGCAUGAGCUCUGUUGGGCGGCUACCACCGAAUGAAACAUCUGUGUACUUUUAGUGGAUGUUGAAUGUUUCAUCAACCCGCAAAGGGGCUACAGAUCUAAAAUUAGCUGCCAGGUAUGUGGCACGUUUGCAUGUAAAUGCCUAUUAAUAUGUACCAUUGUAUGUUAAAUAAAAUCAUUUCUUAAAAAAUUAAAUGUCCAUCUUUAAUAUUGAAGGUAAUGAGAAUGGGUGAUUUGUAAUCAAUAUGAUUGUU